AUGCGCCGCAGAAAUCCACUUCAAGAUGGAUCUCGAUCAAAAGCAAAGCCUAGAAAGAGUACUUCUCGCACGGCGCACUACUUCCCUUCUUCCGCGUUGCUACUGUUAGAUUUCCGCACAGUUCUGGUAACUUUCGUUGGUCGGCCAAACGAUGAGAUUGUGUCGAUACGGUGCACGGUCGUAAAGUCCGAAACAGUGAGUUACCAGUGGGCGGAAAAGAGAAGAAAAGCUACGGAAAAGACUCGCGCGCGCGCCGACCGCACUCCCUAAUUCCCUAAUACCCCACUGAUAAUAAACCAUGCCUAGAAUGCCUUGAUGCGCCAAACGCCCAAAUCCAACGCUACCAUCGCCACUGCUAGGCUCUGUCCGGCCAGCAGGCUAAUAGCCUUCGGGUGCUCGUUCGGCAUGGCUUGA